CUGAGCUAUAGAGUCAGCCGUUCGCACGGGUGCUGGUCAGUAGCACAUGAGCGCUCGUGGAGCGAGUACGUUUUACCUUCGGAGCGGGCGAGGAUGUCAGUUCGUAAUCGACGAGCGACUGUGAGAGGAGUCUAUUAACGAGUUUAACAACGUCUCUUCGGACGCGCGUGCACGUUGUCGAUCUCCGGAUAUCAAGAGGGCGAAAGAGUGAGAAGAGAGAGAGAGAGACACACACACAGAGAGAGAGUCGCGCACUCAAAGCGACGGAUUAAACUGCGCGCUGUUCUCGCUGCUCGGCGAGCACGUGUGGACGCGGAUCGCGAGAUACGUGCGGCGAUCUUAAGGAAUAGUCCCGCACGAACAAGCGAGGUUGGCCACAGGAGGGUGUUGCACGUAGUGCCGAUCGGAAAGAAGGGACGUCGACGCGGGGUCCACACAUCAUCAUCCACAGUCGAGUCGUCGCGCGUCCUCCACGGGAGAGAGAGAGAGAGAGGAGACUUGCGUGUUUACCUUCCCCUCUCCGCAAGGAUUUUUUUUUCGCCCGUUUCUCGAGUUUCGUCCCCGCGGAAGCGAGUACUCUGUUUUUUUGUUCUUCCCUCCCUCGGAUUUGUGAUUUCUCGGAAACGUCCCGCGAGACUCAUUCGGAUCCCCGUCGUCUCGCGAAGGUGCAUCGAGUUUGGUGGGGGAGAGCCGCCCUUCGAAGUGCCGCAGGAUCGUUCGCGACGAGUGAUCGACUCAGGGGAGAGAGAGAGAGAGAGAGAGAGAGAGGAGGAAAAAAAAGUAAAUAAUCCCCGAGUCCCCUUCGCCGAAGCGCGCGGGGAUUUGUGAUGCGAGACGCCGACUUGACGUCACUUUAAAGGUGAAGUGUGUCCGUGGUGUUUUCCUUUCGGAAGCGGCCCGAAAAUGCUGCCGUUGCAAAGCGAACCGAAGAGCAAACCGAUCUUCGGGUCGCAGUUCGUCAGCAAGGAUUCGCUUACGCCUUAUUCAGAUGCCACGCAGACGAAGAAGAACAGUCCUAAUCGCAUCAAGAGACCCAUGAAUGCGUUCAUGGUCUGGUCGCAAAUGGAGCGUAGGAAGAUCUGCGAGGUGCAGCCUGAUAUGCAUAACGCCGAAAUCAGUAAAACAUUAGGGAAGAGAUGGAAGGAGUUGACGGAUGAAGAAAAGUCUCCGUUCGUACGGGAGGCCGAGACACUUAGGCUGUUGCAUCAGAAAGAGUAUCCAACUUACAAGUACCGGCCCAGGAAGAAGACCUCGAAAUCCGACGGGCUCGUUUCGAAGGCAAAGGAGAGGAAGAGAUCGCGAAAAACGGAGUGCCCGUCGUCACCGUCCACAUCGCCGUCGGCAUCGAUAUCGACGCCCUCGAACAGCCCGACUUCGAUGCUGGCCAGUUCGUCCUUGUCACCGCUGUCGCCGAUCUCCGCGGCGCCUGCUGCUAGUCACGUUGCCAGGACCAGAAACGAUAAUAAUAACAACGUCCAACAGCAAAUGUCGAAGAAACCAACGAAAAGGCUCCAGACUCAAUCGAAUGUUAAACAGUCUAAGUUGAUCUCCAAGUUAACUUUGAAUACUGUAAAAAUGGAGAUGGAGACGCCACAGUAUAUGCUGCCCACUGAUGCGGAUUACACCUCAACCCCGGCAACAGUCGCUGCCAAGGUGCCCACCAGCCCCUGCGGUACCCCUAACUCGCCCGAGUCUGCCCACCUCGGUGAGAGCUACAAUCCCGAGAAUGUCACGCCCAACAAUACGUCGCUCUGCAACAUGGCUCCUAUCACGAUGAAGCAGGAACCAAAGUUGGAACCGAAGUUGGAGCCGUUGGAGUCGAUGGAAUUGGACCAGACCAAUUUCGCCUCGAAGGACAUAUGUCUGGAUAUAGACUUGCCAGCGAUGAUGCGAACGGACAAUCGCGGUUACUGUCAAACGAAUUUGACUUCCGCUGUCCGGCAGACGAAUUUCAACGUGAAGCGGGAGCCGUUGGAAUCUAUGAACUCCGUCGCUCAGAUGAUGCAACUGCAAUCGUCCGUCGUGUCGACCGUUCCUACAACGACGCCGAUAGGCACGCUUUUCGACGAGAACUUCCUUGACAAUGAUGAGGAGACCUUCAAGGACCUCACGAUUUAUGAAGACCCUAACCAACCUUUAAACGACCUGGAUUUAUGGAAGGAAGAGGAUUUCACGGAGGAAUUCUCGUUUUCUCGCAGUCCCGAAGAAAUCAUGGCCAUAUUCAAAUUAUGUUCAAAUUAUAAUCCAUCUGACGAAGGCUAUUGAAAAGUCCAACAAGAAGAUGAAGAGGAGGAAGGAAGGAAGGAUAAACAGAAUGUGCGUCGGUUUGUAUACAGCGUUUUCUUUUUACGCAGAGAAAGAUAUCGUUAAUCGCAUUACAAAUAAUCGUCCUCGUCGCGCGAGGACAUCGGCAGGGAAGAAUUCAUCUAUCGUUUGGACCGCGGGUGAACCGGUUGAUUUGAACAUCUCGGCCGAACGUGCCGACGUGAUGCGCGAAGAUAUAUAAUAUGUUAUCGCGCUAUCGAUUCUCUUUCACACGGAUCGCAUGCUCGAGUUCGACUGAACGAAUCAUCGUCCGCUAUCGCGCGUCUUCGUCUUUUGUACUUGUCGCUAGAGUAAAUGCAGCUCUUCGAAUGUACAAAGCGUUUUCUUCGACCAGCGCGCGUCGUGGCUUUCCGUAUUGCGUUUUGGGUUUCAUGCAAACCGAAUCUGCGACCGAUUAAUCAUCAAAUCAGAGAGAAUUUUCAAUAAUUAGAAUAUCUAAGCUAUUAAGAUAGAUUCAAGAGAUUCAAUCAGCGCCUAUCUAUUUUAAUUUAAUAGAACCCGAAUACAAUUGGCGCGAUACAAACUUAAUACCUUUGCCAGUCUUUUUCCUUAUGAGAGCUAGUUAGUCAGUUUCAAAAUUUUUAAGAUUUCAAGCGUAAUCAGAUGUUCUUUAUUCGAAUAUCAUGAUAAAAGAUUAGCAAAAUCUUAACUUAACGAACAUCUGGCGAAUUAUCUCCGCGCGGCGGAGAUAAUUAAUUAAUCAACAUCGAUCAAUGAGAAAAAAAAACGAUCGAUAGCCACGAUGCGCGACGGUUUCAGGAGAUUUUUCUUUUUUGUAUAUGUACUGUAUACUUUUGUAUGAAGUUAGGUAAGCGUAGGCGGGCGGUUGGGUCCGCGUGGUUUGAAGGUAAAUCCAUAUGAUUCGAUGAUAAUACGAGGAACAAAUAGAUUUUCUUAUCCCUACGCGACCUAGCCGUCCGCUUUUUGUUGUAUACAUAUAGUGAAGUUGUAUUUAGUAGAAUGUAAUGUACACUCAAGCUAUGAGUAAGCCCGAAAUCUUCAGCAGUGGAUCAAACAACGCACGUAUUUUUGUAUGACAUCGGUGCUCUUUCCUUUAUCUCUGUUAUAAAAUUACAUUCGUAAAAUUAUCUCAA